CUUAUCUAAGCAUUACAGAAGUUUAGCUCCUGAUUAUUGAACAAGGGUUUCAACUGGAGUUGAAAUUGAAAUCAGUGGAAAACAUUAAAAUUUUGAAGAAUUCUAUAUUUGGAGAAAAUUUUAAAAAGUGAAGAUGUAUAAGUUCGUGGCUCUAUUUGUUGUCCUCUGCGGGAUUAGCGUUGGAUUUUCAACCCCAGUUCGAAAAGCUGCCUAUUACCGUCAGGCGUUACCACAUAAUGCCCGUCAGCAGACUGUGUAUGGAUUCCAUUCUCAAAAUAAACAGAGGCUCAUCGAUCAGCGUUCCACUGGAGUUUCUGCUUUCGCUGCAAUUGCUCCUGGAACAAAUCUGAAGGAUUGCGAAAAUACAGAUUCUGAAAGUGCCGAACUGCCAGCCCAAGAUGAGCAGGAUGUGAAUUCUGUUGUUGAAGCUCUCCCGGAGGCUGAUUUUGUCCCAGUGGAAGACGAAACUCUGAACGAUGCACCAAUCGAUAGCGAUCAGGAAGCUGAUGGAACGAUUGCAAAUGAACCCGCCGCAGUUCCAGCGUUGGCAGUACCGGAUAUGAAGAAGAAAGUUUCCGUUCAGAUUGAAUCCGAUGAAGACGAAGAAGAGGUCCAGGUCAGUCGUGCCGGCGGAAAAGUUCCAGCUCUUCCAAAUAGUUAUUUCCCAAUCAAUUUUGGAAGCACCAAUGGAGGAGCCAUUGCUGUUGCAAACGCAUACAGCACUGGAAAGGGAGGAUCUGCCAUCAGUACUGCUAAUGCAUACGGAAGACCAGCAGCAGCUGCGCUGAGGAGAAUUUCGCCAGUCCAGCUGAGACGAAAACCCGCAAAGCUUCGCGCCAGAAAAUAUUAGAAAACAUGUAAAAGAUGAAGAACAUUCCAUGCUAUCAAGUGAUACUCAAGUUUUCCGCAGGUUUAUAAAGUAAAAAAAAAAC